GUUCCUUGGUGUUCUGUGGAUCUGCUCUGAAAUUGAUUCCAUUCUUACAGUUCAGAAGACCCAAGCACACAACAGCAGUAACUAACCUCACCUGUCAUGCCUGGGCAGACCUCUGCAGUACCUGUACUCCUGUGUCUGGCUGUAAUUUUACAUGGCUAUCAAAUAAGAGAAAAAGAAUUUCUAGAAGCCAGAGGCUAUCUUCAAUAUACUGCAACAACAACAACAGAACAGAUCACAGCAAAACCUCCACUACCACUGACGAACCAAACACCUCAUGCAACUUUAGCACCAAGGUCCAAGGAUGAUUACAUUCAAACGGCCGCCGAAACUUCCACUUUUGAAGACACAGCCCACAUAACAAUGAAAACAGCAAUCCCAGUAACUAUGAAGAGCCUUCUACCCAUCCGCUCAACUAGCUAUACCUUUGUUAGAACCAAUAACUCACACAUGACUGCUUCAUCUACUGAAGAAACCAUUGGCUCUGGCUCAAUUACACAUUCACCAUUUCCUACAACCAGAGCUAGCCUAGCCGCUGUCAACCAUAUAACUGGGAGAAGUACCCAACUUGGUGGUCAGACUACCCUUCCCAAAGCACUUUUCACACCAUCACACAAAAGCACAACCACUCAGAGGCCAACUCUGUCCACUAAUGUCUCAGAACUAACACCUACACACAAGGACAGAUCAACAACUUCAUCUGUUCCCCUAGUUCCCAGGCCUACUCUUGUAACUUGGUCAUCACCUGCCAAGAUUGGAACUUACGAAGUACUAAAUGGAAGCAGGCUCUGUAUAAAAGCAGAGAUGGGAAUAGCACUGAUUGUUCAAGAAAAGGGUUUGGAUUCUGCAACCCAGAGACACUUCAACAUUGACCCCAGUCUAACCCAUGCAUCUGGGAAAUGUGGCUCCCAAAAGUCCAACCUCUUCUUGAAUUUCCAGGGUGGAUCCGUGAAUGUCACAUUUACCAAGGAAGAAAACUUAUAUUAUGUUAGUGAAGUUGGAGCUUAUUUGACCAUCUCAAAUACAGAGAAGACCUACCAAGGAAAGAGUGCUAUGAUGAUGUUUGAGACAGUAGUUGGGCAUUCCUUCAAGUGUGUAAGUGAGCAGAGCAUCCAGCUAUCAGCUCAGCUUCAAAUGGAAACAAUGAAUAUCCAUCUUCAGGCCUUUGAUUUUGAAGGAGACUCCUUUGGAAUUGUGGACGAGUGUUUGUUAGACUACACAGUUGUGCUUCCUGUGGUUGGGAUCAUCGUGGUCGUCCUCUGUGUUGUGGGUCUGGGCAUCUACAAAAUCCGCCAAAGGCGUCAGUCAUCUGCAUACCAGAGAAUCUAAUUUGAAACCAAAGGAAAUGGCAAUAAUGGCGUUUAAAAAGAAUUUCAUCAUUUCCAGAACGUUGGAGGAAUCUCUUCCUCACUACCUUUUUCCAAAACCAAUGAGUGAUUAGUGAUUUAAAUUGAAGCAGCAUAUCGGUUCUGAAUAUUUUUGCUCAUUUCAUGAAAGACUAAGGAAGAUACUGAGCAGUAUUUUCUAGCUUUUGUUGGAAAAAUUUAACUACUCAAAUGAAUAUUUGAGAUACACAGAAUUAAUAUAAUGUUCAAAGUGGUAGAUAUUUACAAAUUAUAAACAAAAUAAUGGAUUUUAAUUAGUCCUACCUUUGUUUGCCUAGAGAAAUUUAUUUUAAUGUCAACAUUUUUAUUUUAAGAAUACUUUGCUGGAUUUUCUUACCAUUUGUGCUUAUUGAGGUAUGAAUGUUUGACAUGGUACUCACCUAUUUAAAUAUUUCUAAUUAUCAAAAUAACCUAACUCACAUUGUUUAGACUUUACAUGAAAAUAAGAUAUUUUUUAUUCAUGACUCAUUUCAGAACUAAUAAAGACCAAGAAAUCGCUUCCUACAGACAACAAAA